AUGAGUAGAAUACCCAUACACUCAUUGCUAAACCCAUCAGAAAGUUGUAAAAGCAUCAGUAAUGUACCCAGCAAUUACAGAGACUUAAGCACCUUCAACAAGGAGAGAGCAAAAGUAAUUACUACAUUUCAAGAGAUGUUUUAUUCAAUGCUAGAAAAUAAUGACGAUUACAAUAAAAUUGAGUCGUUGAUUAGAAACUUUCAACCAAAAUUGACAUGGUCACACAAGUGCGAAAGCUUGACAUUUAAACAGAAGGCCUAUCUCACAGCAAUAAUUCAAAAGUCCAUUAAGAGUUUACUUGUGUUACUCAAAGAGAAAGGAAAAAUGAGAGAGAUUGAAUUUAGCAGGAAAGAGGUCCGUAAAAUUAAUAAAUACCGACAAUCCUCUAAGAACUUUGAGUCCGUUAAUAUAAAAAUUCUAACUCAAGAUUUAAUGCACUCCAACAAUAACGAAUUUAAGAAAGGAAAAAGAUUUCCUAAAUCCCAUAUACAGCUCCUGGAGAACUGGUAUAGUAUGAAUAGAAGAAACCCUUACCUCGCUGAAAAUGAUUUGGCCUAUAUAAGUAAAAACACCACUUUGACUAAAACCCAAAUAAAAAAUUGGUUAGCUAACAGAAGACGAAAAGAUAAAAUUACUGAAGUUUCGUCAGAUAUAAGAAACAUUCUUAAUUAA